GUGAUCAGGGUAUGGCUGAAUCCAACUUUGGAGAUCAUGAAGAUGUUGAACAAGAACAGACCGAAGAGAAACCCUACAUGUGUGAGGAGUGUGGAUACAGCACUGCAAAGAGGACUGACUUUUUCAGACAUAUGAGAACUCACACAGGAGAAAAACCCUUCAAGUGUGACCAGUGUGACUACUCUGCUAACCGGAAAUCUCAUCUGGACCGACAUCGAGUAAAACACACAGGUGAGAAACCCUACAUGUGUGAGAAGUGCAGCUAUUGGACAGCUGAUAAAUCUGCCUUAUCCCGGCAUAUGAGAACUCAUACAGGGGAGAGACCAUUCAAGUGUGACCUGUGUGACUAUUCUGCAGCGCUGAAAAACACUUUGGACUGCCAUCGAGUGAAUCACACUGGUAAGCAACCCUUUAUAUGUGGGGAGUGUGGGUACGGAACUGCUAAGAAGACUGACUUAUCCAUACAUAUGAGGACUCAUACAGGGGAGAAACCCUACAAGUGUGACCAGUGUGACUAUGCUGCUACCCGGAAAUUCCAUUUGGAAAGUCAUCGAAGAAAACACACCGGUGAGAAACCCUACAUGUGUGGGAAGUGUGGGUACAGAACGGGUGAUAAGUCUGACUUAUCCAGACAUAUAAGAACUCAUACAGGAGAAAAACCCUACAAAUGUGACAUGUGUGACUAUUCUGCAGCCCAGAAAUCCAAUUUGGAUAUUCAUCGAGUAAGACACACUGGUGAGAAACCCUACAUGUGUGGGGAGUGUGGGUACAGGACUGCUCAUAAAUAUGUCCUAUUCAAGCAUAUGAGAACUCAUACAGGAGAAAAACCCUACAAGUGUGACCAGUGUGACUUUGCUGUUACCCGGAAAUCCAUUUUGGAGAAGCAUCGACUAAAACACAAUCAUCAGGUGGCAAACCCUUCAUGUGUGGGGAGCGUGCGUACAGAACAGCCUUGAGGUCUUAUCUUAAUUAACAUAUUGGAACUCAUAUGGGAGGGUCUGCAUGCUCUUUUACAUAAGGCGUAGGCAGCCUAUUUUUAUUUCCCUUAAUUCGUAGGAAAACCAUUUUAUCUACGUAAUUUGUAGCGAGGCGACCAAAUUUAGCGUAAUUGCCUUCCUUGAUUUAGCGUAAUACGUAGGGGGUUCGUUGUCAGGACCCCACAUGUAGACCCUCAUAUGGGAAUGGGAGGAAAACACUACAAGUGUAACCAAUGUGAACAUUUUGUG